AUGACAGUACAGAAGGACACUCAUGUUACCACCAAAGUGAUAAGCAGCCCUUUAACUCAAGAGAGCAUAUUAAACAAGUAUUCUGAUGUCUUUAAUGGUCUUGGAACUCUUCCAGGAGAAUAUCAUAUGGACAUUGAUACUAAGGUUAAAGCGGUCCAGGCUCAGCCACGAAGAGUCGCAGUAGCUUUAAAGUCGGAGUUAAAGAAAGAGAUCGAAGAGAUGGAAAGACGAGGAGUGAUUGCCAAGGUAACAACAUCCACGGCGUGGAUAAGCAGUAUGGUUGCCGCGCGGAAACCUUCGGGAAAACUAAGGGGUCGUUCAGACUGAGUGCCCGGCACUAGUGCCCGGGUACGGCACUUGUUUGAGCACCAGUGUGAUCGCGAUACUCGCAAAAGAAUUCGGGCACGGUGCCCGAAAACGGGCACUACCUCCAGGGGUAGUACCCAACAACGGCACCGUGCCCAACAUGAACAACAUGGCGGCUGGUUCAGGGAGCAGAUGGACAGAAGCAGUAACAAAAUCAUUAUUGGAUGCGUAUGGAGAACAAAUAAUUCAAGAAGCUAUCGAUGGAAUGGCAACUAACAAGGUUGUUUACGAUGAAAUUAGCAGGAUACUAAAAGAGCACUCAAAUAUCGACAGAACAACGUCCCAAAUAGAAACCAAAAUUAAGAAAUUGAGAAGUGGUUACAGCAAGUUAAAAGAUCGUAUGAAACAGUCUGGAUCUGAGAGGCCGUACUUUUCGAGUGCUCUAUCAAGUGUAGAAAAAACUGCUUUAAAAGUUUGGGAGCAAUUGGAUAGGAUUCUAGGUAAAUAUUGAUGAAUAAUUGUAAAUUGUUCAAAUAAAACUUAAAUAAAUUUAAUGCCAAAUGCUGCUCAUUUUCUACAUGUUUGCAUGAUAACUUUAGGACAGAAAAGGGAAAGAGGUUAAUUCGCUGGCCUCAGAGUGACAAAACGUAAGAAAGCAACGGUUUUACUAACACUAACCCUAUUCCAAACACAAACUCUAACCCUAUAUAAACCCUAAUCCAAAUUCUUGACCUAACCUUAACCUAACCCUACUCCAAGUUUGUUUCUAAACCAAUCUUGAAGAAAAAAUUUUUGACGAAAUAUCAUUCUGAGGUUAGCGAAAUAAUUUCUUCCCAGAAAAGGUUGGGUCGAUCAAUUUGAAAGUUCAGUAAAGUUUGAAAAUUUCACAACCUAUCUAGAGUUUGUGAUGUAUUGUGUAAAGUUUGGCACAGUUUGUAUAGAUCGUUUAAUUAAUAGUAGUUAAUAAAGCACAAAUUCAGAGUAAACAUUUUAAAGUCAAAUUCUCAGAAAUGGCACAAAGCUUGGUUUUCACAUGUCGUAAUUCAUUGACAAUGUUUCCAUUGAUGAUCACUAAAUAUUAAAUUAAUUUCUUUCCGACAGACAAAGCAUUUUAUGCACCAAUGACCAAAAAAGUUCUUUUGUUUAUAAUUAAUAACAGGUCCUCGACCAGUGAAUAAUCCUCCUGAAGAACAGUUGUUUGAAAGUGGAACACAGCAAGUAGAGCAGUGUGAUGAUGUUGAUGCAGCAUUAGAUAUGUCAGAAGACGAGCAAUCUGCCAGCGCUAGUAAUCCACAAAAACGAGAGAAAAAAAUUGUAAGAGCAUCUCACAGCAAGAAAGCACGUCUUUCUGAUGUAAUCGAAAAGUCAAAUGAACAGAUGGGAAACAUAACCAAUUUGAUUGCAAGUAGCAUUGUGUCACCAGAGGUGAGAGAGAAAGAAAGGAAGGAAGACAGGGAAUUCUUUGGUCAGAUGUUCAGUAUGUUAUCUCAAACCAUGAUUGGGAUAUCCCAAAUGCAUCAAAAUAAUCCUCAUCAGUAUUUCCCACAUUCACAACAACCAUUUCAACCACCUGCAUUCUUUGGGAUAAAUCAUAGUGAAACACUUGGAGCUUCACAUGAUACAGUUUCAUGUUCAGAAAAAAAUAACAACUAA